GUAUUGAACACAAAUAGAGCAAACUAACUCUUAAUGCAAAAACCCCCAAAAAUAAAAUAUAUUUUUUUAAUAAGAUAUUUAAUAGGAAUAGUAAGUAAUAAGUCUCCCAGCUUUCUGCAUAUAGCAAAACAAAUACACCGCCUACUUUCCUCUUCCCAUUCCCCAUUCCCUUUUCUCUCUCUCUCUCUCUCUCUCUCUCUUGUCUUUCCAUUCUCUCUCUACAUGGGUGGUACGCAGCUUCUCUCUUUACUCUUUACACUUCUUUCUUCAGUGCUUCAUUCAUCCGAUUAACUAGCCAUCUUCUGCUGCUAAUCCCUUGCAAUGAUUGAUUAGCUAGCAAACCGCCUGUGGAAAUUGAUUACUUCUGAUUUUGUUGUUGCUAUUUUUGGACAAACAGUAGAUUUUUUUUUUUUUUUCUGUAAGGGCUUUAUUAGUUUAAUUUUUCCGACUAUGGGAAGUAAUUUCAUUUUUUUGAAAUUGGGGAAGAAAGUUGCUUUCUCUCUCUCUACUCCUUUUUGUUUUUAUUUUCCAUUUGAAAUGGGAAGAGUUUCUCAUUAAUCUCCUUCAAUGUUCAGUUGUUGAUUCCAAUGAAAAGAAGAAAAAAAAAACCCGUAACUGCCGGAUCAACAACAUCAACAUAAAGUGUUCAAAAAGUAACCCUGUUUUUGGUGAAAUAUUCAAAUGAUAGAUAAUGUGGUGGUGAAACACAUCAACAAGUUUGACUGCAAUAUAACAGGAACAAAUAAUUAGCUACUUUAUUUUAAGGAAGGUGAAUAUACGGGAGGUACCUUAGCUUCUUCAUGGGGUGAUUAAUUAUCAUAUCUCCAGGAUCUGGUUUCAGCUUACAAUGAAUGCACUCUGUGCAGAAAGAUAACUGAGUUGGGCUGUUUAAUGAGCCAAUUUUAUGAGAUGGAGUGCAAUGCAAAGUGGGAUUGGGAAAGCUUUGUUGCAUUUGGCCCAAAAGCAAUCGAAAGUCCUAAAAAGCUGCAAUUAGCGGAUUGGAUGAUUGUUGAUGAUGCAGAUAACAAUGCUGGAUCUUUCAAUCUGUCUGCAUUUGAUGGCAAUAGUGUUACCUCUGUCUCUGAUGGUGGACAUGGAUCUUCAGUUAAGAGUUCCAUAUCAGCUUCUACCGAUUCUACCACCAAAGAUGGAAUGCAAACCCACAAUUUCAGGUUCGGUAAAUUUGAAGGCUCUUCUGGAAAUUUUAGCAAGAAAAUGGAAAUGAACGGAACGAAGUUUCUAGAAACUUCCCCAAAGCCGGAAGCUUCUGUUGGCUCAGGCGAACCAUUGAUUGGUUUGAAGCUUGGGAAGAGGACUUAUUUUGAAAAUAGCGGCGGUGGUGGUGCUGGUGCUGGAGGCACAGUUAAGAGCGCCGCCUCCUUUCCAAUGAUGCAUACACCAACUCCAUCAUCCACUACCCUGAAGAAAACUAAGCAAAAUGCCCGAAUAUGUUGUCAAGUUCAAGGCUGCAUCACUGAUCUUUCACUGGCUAAAGAAUAUCAUCGAAAGCAUAGAGUUUGUGACAAUCAUUCGAAAUGCCCAAAGGUUAUUGUUGGAGGACUUGAGCGCAGAUUUUGCCAGCAGUGCAGUAGGUUCCAUGGCUUGUCUGAAUUUGAUGAAAAGAAGCGCAGUUGCCGAAGAAGACUGUCUGACCAUAAUGCACGGCGCCGCAAGCCACAACAGGAAACUAUCCAGUUUAAUCCUACUAGGCUCUCAUCGCCAUUCUAUGGUGGAAGCAAGCAGAUGAGUUUUGUAUUGAACAGUUCGCCACUCAAAACUCCAGAAAGUUGUGCAUGGGAUAGUGGUUACAACUCCAAGUUCACACUGACAAAAGGGUGUCCUUCAAAGUCUUAUGGAGAUGGAGUUACUGAUGAACAGUUGCACACUCCAGGAACCAAGCUGCGAAAUGCCAUUUAUAUGCCAAAUGCAGACAACGCGUUACUCUUUGCAACCAAGAAUGCCACUUCUGAGGUCUUCAAUCCAGGUGGUGGUUCAAAGGGAUCGAUGAUGUCAUCAUGCGUAGAUGCAGCAGCAGCAGCACCGGAGUAUGAUCGUGCUCUCUCUCUUCUGUCAAGUAAUUCCUCAUGGGAUUCUUCAUCUCAACAAGAAUCCGUUCCAGUUCCAGCAUUUCAUUCAAUACCAGAAGCUGUGCCUCUCUCUUCAUCCGAAUUCUGGCUAACUGGACAACAUUUCACCCAUUCCAAUUUUCAAUCAUUCCCCGCAAACACCAACUUUCAGGAUAUCCACCUCUCCAAACCACCACCACCACCACCAUACGGUGGUGGUGCUAGUGCUGAUUUCUUUUCUAAUAUAUUGAAUUAACCAUUCUCUGUUCACAGUUCUUGGGCAUGUAAACGGCGUCCAGUGAAUUUCUAUUUUGUGGGAAGGGGACAAUGUUGCAGAAUUCAUUGGACAGUUUUAAUAGUGAGGUUGAGCUGUUAUUUAAUGUUUGAAGACUGUAGAUAACAGCAAGAUAAUUUGAUUAAGAACAAUUAA